GUACAACACAACGCAACAUAUCACAGACCUCACAACGGACAACGGAGAAGUGGACUACUGCUCAACAUGGCAGAUCCACUCUAUGAGCUCUUGGUCCCCUAUUUUGACACGCCAUCACCUCGACCUGUACCGACCUCCGAUGAUCCAACCACCAAUGCCUACCUGAACCGCCUCACCGCCCUCCCGCUAUCUUCAUUGACAAGUACUGAGCCACAAUCCCUUUCGCAGACCACUCACUCUCUCCUCCUCUCCCUCCAAUCCCUCUCCAAGCGCUCCCAUAAAUCCAUAAUCGAUUCCUCCACACAUCUCUCAACGUUGAGCACAACUCUCCCCACACUUGCACAAUCGACGGCCUCACUUCGAGACGCCCUCCCCAAACUCGACGAUGCCGCCAUCCACUUCAGCGAAACCUACAAUAUACGCGCAGAGAACGCCCUGCUCGACCGGCGAAGAAAGGCCCUCCUCCUAUCCCGCAACAUUGACCGCCUCGCGGACAUCCUCGACCUCCCCACCCUACUAUCCUCCGCAAUAUCUACAUCCAAUACUGCCUCAGCAUCUGCGGCAACUUCUGGAGCAAGUUCCAAUGCUACAUUAAACUACGCCUCAGCAUUGGAUUUGAACGCACAUAUCAGACGUCUGCAUGGCUUAUACCCAGAGUCACCGCUCAUUUCGAGCGUGGAGAAGCAGGCGGGGGAGGCGAUGCAAGAUAUGGCCACAAAUCUCAUUGCAAGCUUGAAAACAAAUUCAUUGAAGCUGGCAGGUGCAAUGAGGACGAUAUCCUGGUUACGGCGUGUAGCGCCAGAGCUCGAUCCGACACCAUCUUCUUCAAAUAUUGCAUCUGCAAUGAAUCCCAUUGAACGGGCCGGGGGAGGGGGAGGGGGAUCCAAGGAAGGAAGUCUGGGGUCAUUAUUCUUGGUCUGCAGACUAGCGAAUUUACAACAAAUGCUAGGAGCUUUGGAGCCAUUGCGAGAAUUGGCAGAUCAAGAGACGUUACGGCUACAAGAGUCCAAGCCCGACAAGACGGAGUCAGGAAAAGAGAGAAGUAAGUGGGAGGGUGGCCAACAGACAGAGAGAUACCUGAAGCGCUACAUUGAAAUUUUCCGUGAACAAAGCUUUGCGAUUAUUUCUAUGUACAGAAGCAUAUUCCCUCCGACCACAAAUGUUCAUGAAGAGAGUUUACUGAAGGGAAUGGGAAUGGCACCGGCGGAAGAAGAUCCGUUGAUGCCGUUGCCCAGUGCGCUGGGGACGUUCCCGUUGACAUUGGUAGGCAUGCUCGAAGAGACACUGAGGAAAUAUCUCCCAAAUGUGAGGGAUAGGAGUAGUCGGGACAGCUUGCUCACGCAAGUUUUGUAUUGCGCAGGGAGUUUAGGGAGAUUAGGUGGGGAUUUCAGCAUGAUCCUCGCAGUCCUCAACGAGCCAAAAGAAACCGAGGAGGAAAAUGAAGAUAGCGAAGAAUGGGUAGAAGUGAUCCGAAAGCAUAGAGUGUUGGCAGGUAGAUUAGAACUGAUGGUUGGGUCACGAGAAUCAUAAGGCUUAAAUGAACUAGACAAAAUAGAAAAGAUAAUAGAUAUUCAUGAAAGCAAGGCUUGAGUCUCAAUCCCAGAAGGAAAGCCAAGC